AUGCCAGUUUUCGCAGGAUGUUUAACUAAACAGGGAAUCGAGAGUCUUAGUGCGGAGGCUCGAAAAUCUAUCGGAAACGGGCGGUCUCUCGACGCGUUUUUGAUGGACGUGACAAGUGACGAGUCGGUUGAGAAAACGGCCAAACGACUUGAGGAGAAAUGUGAAAAGUUUGGAGGUCUCCAUGCAGUGGUGAAUAACGCAGGAAUCACGGGAAAACAUAUUGCAGAUGACUUUUUAGACAUGAGAGAAUAUCUGAAAGUAGUUGAAAUCAAUUUAUGGGGUCCGGUGAGAACGACGAUGGCGGUCAAAAAACUUUUGAAGAAAGCUAGAGGUCGUGUGGUCCAGGUUGCUAGUAUUUGUGCACGUGUGGGUCUUCCCGGUCUUGGGCCAUAUACAGUAUCUAAAUAUGGUGUUUCUGCUUAUUGUGAUGUGAUAAGACAAGAGCUCCGAGCUUUUGGGAUAUCAGUACAUAUUCUGGAACCAGGUUUCUUUGAUACACCAUUGAUCAACAGACAGAAAAUAGAUGCAGAAAUUUCGGAAGCUUGGGAGCAAGCCCCGUCAGAUGUGAAAGCGCAAUACGGGGAGAAAUUCUUUAAUGAUGCUCGCCAGUCAACACAAAUGUUCUUGAAUUCAAUUGCUUCUUCUCAAAUCUCACUUGUGGUUGAUGCUUAUUUUCAUGCAAUCACUGCCAAAUAUCCGAGAUCUCGAUACCAAAUAGGAUGGGACAGUAUUCUUUUGUUCAUUCCGUUCUCCUAUCUUCCAACAGGACUACAAGAUUACAUUUUCGCUGCCGCAGGUCUCUUCCUACCAAAACCGGCUUGCCACUGA